AGAAGCUUGUAGUGAGUGAGAAGGUACAAGAGCGUGACGACUGAGUUUGUGUUUCACUCAUGAUAAGCGAGCAAACUAAUGGCGUCUUAUGCGCAGUUUACAUAUUCUUCUGUGACCUCUGCCCCGCUGCUCGCCCCUUCAACAUCGGCACCUUCGCCCUCCACCUCCUCUUCACCUACAACGAAUUCUUGUUGUGAUGGAACUAGGACGGUCUUCACCGAUCCAACGACAGGACAAGCCCUAUGUUCCUGCCAAUAUCCGGCAGCACUGCUUUCAUCUAGGAUAGCUGCAGGUUUAGGAUCCGACUAUACGUCUUCCUACGCUUCAUCACAGUCCUAUGUCAAUCCUUUCACGGAUUCCUUUUACGGACCGUUGACGGCUUCUGCUUAUGCGGCCGCUGCAGCAUCAAAUGAUCUUAAAGACGCAGCUUCUUCCGACACGGUUUGGAGAUCGAUUCCUCAACCUGCAGCCUAUUCCUCACCUUAUCAUUACGACGCUGCCAUGACCCCAUAUGCCUACAAUGGUUACGGUGCCGUUGAUUUAAACGCCAAGCGUAAAAAUGCUACGAGAGAAUCGACAAAUACUCUAAAGGCUUGGUUGUACGAGCAUAGGAAAAAUCCUUAUCCUACGAAGGGUGAAAAAAUCAUGUUGGCAAUUAUAACGAAAAUGACGUUAACCCAAGUUUCUACUUGGUUUGCCAACGCUAGACGGAGAUUGAAGAAGGAAAAUAAAAUGACUUGGUCACCUAGAAAUCGUUCAGGAGACGACGCCGAGAGCGAGGACGAUGACAAAAGUAACAAUAACGAUGACAAACAGGGGUCGGAUAUAAUAAGCAUCGAUGGAGAUAGGAUAGAUAACGAAAAGGCCAUUAACGGCGAAAAGACAGAGAGUAAUAAAGAUAAGCCGCGAAUUUGGUCUCUAGCCGACGUUGCAACUUCAUCGAAUCCACCAUCUAGCUCAACAGCAAGGAUUCAAUUAGGUAAUUCAUGGAGUACAUAUGGUCUAACUAAACUACGGCUACCCUCUAAUUUUCACCGACCUAUGGAGGCAGGGAACUCUGUGAACGAGUGCGAACCUGGAGAAAUUAAAAUCUCUACCCCAAAGUCUCAUUUUUCAACGAAUAAUUCAAUAAGAUUAGGCAAAACAUAGGCUAAAAUUUCAACUCGACGCGAUUAAAUGUCCGUUCGUUAAAAGCAACUUGGCGUCUAUGGAAUGGCGCACGGAGUCAUUGACAACCUGACUGCUAUAUGUAUACAUUUAAAUUAAAUAAUUGUAUUCUUGUAAUAUAAUAUCUGUACUAUGUGGAAAAAAAAAACUAAUGGUAUCUAUAUAUAUAUAUAUAUAUAUAUAU